GCCAUUUUAUGGCGAUUUUUCAUGAGCGAUAAAAAUGCAGGCAAUGCUUACGUUUUGAUUGGUAGUUUUAAGAAAUAUCAUUAUAAAAAUGAUCAAUUCAAAAUGAUCGAUUACAAUUUAUAUAUAAGUUUUCGUAGAUUGGUUAUAACAGGCAAGAAAAGUCCAUGGGCACAUUGCGUUUAUUUACUUCUCUGUAACUUGAUAGCUUUUAUAUCUUUAAUAUAAUAUAUAGCAAGUUUUUCUAUACAAUUGCUAUAUGCUAUAUAAUUCUUACGCAGUUUGAUGAACUGUACUAGUCAAAUAAAAAAAUCAAGGCUAAUAUAGGAUUCUAAAAAAAGAAAUAAGUAUGGAGUGGUUAUUUGGAAAACGUAUAACUCCUGAAGAAAUGCUCAGGAAAAAUCAAAGAGCAUUAAAUAAAGCAAUGCGUGAUCUUGACAGAGAAAGAAUGAGAAUGGAACAGCAAGAAAAGAAGAUUAUAGCAGAUAUAAAAAAACUUGCAAAAGAUGGACAGAUGGAUGCUGUUAAAAUCAUGGCCAAAGAUCUUGUUAGGACCAGACGAUAUGUAAAGAAAUUCAUGUUAAUGAAAGCAAAUAUACAAGCAGUCUCUUUAAAAAUUCAGACAUUACGUUCUCAAAACACUAUGGCUCAAGCAAUGAAAGGUGUUACGAAAGCGAUGCAGAAUAUGAAUAAACAAUUAAAUUUACCUCAAAUUCAAAAAAUUUUGCAAGAAUUUGAAAAGCAAUCUGAAAUAAUGGAUAUGAAGGAAGAAAUAAUGAAUGAUGCUAUAGACGAUGCAAUGGAAGAUGAAGGAGACGAGGAAGAAAGCGAUGCUGUUGUAUCACAAGUAUUAGAUGAGUUGGGCUUACAAUUAACGGAUCAAUUGUCUGGCCUUCCUCAAGCUUCUGGUUCUUUAAGUAUAGCAGGAUCAAAAAAACCAAUUGCAACUACUGCAGGUAAUGAUGACGGAGGAAAUCUUGCGGAUGCUGAUGCCGAUCUACAAGCAAGACUUGAAAAUCUUCGUCGUGAAUAA